AUGGUGGAGAUUGCCCAUCUAUGCGGCUGGCGGGCGCCGGGGCGGCGUCCACCGGAGGGUUUGGUCGGAGAGCGCUGGUCGGCCUGUGCCUGCGUGGAGUUCCUCGCUAGUGAGGACUGGGCCGCGAGAAAAGCUGCUGCCGAGGCCCUUUCGAGGGUUGGGGUCACCGAUAGGGAUCUGUUGGGAGGGAUCAAGUCCUCCUGCAUCUCGUCUUUUGAGUCGCGGCGGUUCGAUAAGGUGAAGAUUGUUCGCGAUUCGAUGAAUCGGAUCGAAAAACGCCAAGCACGAGCUCCUUCAUACAGAUUCCCGACUGUGGUUGCUGUUGGUGAUGCCGAUGAUUCUGUAGCGAGGAAGAAGGUCGAUUCUUCUCAAAGAGAGAGUGUAAAUGAUAGGAGAUUUUCAACAAAUUCAGUUAGUUCUGCUUCUCCUUUUAAUGUGAGGAAGAACAGCAGGUCUCCCCCUCCCUAUGCUUCACCAAUUGUUACCAAUAGAAAGAAAAUUACGUCGACUGUAGAAAGAAAAACGCAUCCACCUUCAUCUCGUAAAGUAAAUAGUAGCAGGAACUCGGAUUGGAAAGUGGAGGUUGCUGUUUCUGAUGCCUCUCCGCUCACUGUUGUCAGUGAAGAUAAGUUUAUGAGAUGCAAGGAGAACAAUGCUAGAGCAAAGUUUGAAGCAAAGAGACCGCUCUUUGAGAAUAACUCUGAGGGUAAGGUAACGAGUUCAGGUGGUGGGUUGAAAUCUGGAUCGAGAAUGUUACCACUGGAGUCUCGAAAUUCGGAAGUAAUUACUGAAGUUGAUAGUACUGUUGAUGAGCAUAAGGAUGGUGAUUUAUCUUUGAUUCGGAGGCAGUUGUUGCAGAUUGAAAACCAACAGUCCAGCUUAUUGGACCUUCUGCAGAGAUUCAUGGGAAGCUCGCAAAAGGGCAUCCAUUCUCUUGAGAACAGAGUCCACGGCCUGGAGAUGGUGCUCGAUGAGAUUUCACAUGACUUAGCUGUAUCAUCUGGAAGAUUGAGUGAUCCUGCAGUAAAAACCUGCUGCAGUUUGCCCGGAGCUGAAUUCCUCAGCCCGAAAUUUUGGAGAAGAACAGAUGGUGGUAGAUAUUCAUUGUCAGGCAACCCAACAAUCACCGGUAUGCGCUUAUUAGCUGAGCAACAAAGUGGAGAGUACCCUAAGCAACGGGUUGGGCUUCAGAAAAGUUUCGUUGUAAACCCAUUAGCGGAGGUCAACCCUCAGCCAAGAGGGAUCGCAGAGAUCACACCGAAUAAAACGCUGAAGAAUGGAAUUCGUGAUACAAGAGAUGGUUAAGACUCAGAAGUGUUAUGACAAAGGAUGUAAGAUUGCAUGUAUUGCAAAGCCGAGCAGAGUCAUGCAUAUACUUGUUGCUUGUAUUCUUUUUUCCUGAGAACUUAAGGUCUUUACAAAAGCCUCUCUUCAGAGAAGAAGAGAGAACUCUAUGGCGGCUUUGUCUAAGAAUCCUGUAUUUAGUUAGGCUGGUUUCGUCUUGUUCAUUAAUUCAUCGGCAGUUUUCAUCGUUUGAUGACAUAUUAGCAACUUGCAUACACCUUAUUGCCUUCAACUCUCUAGAUAUCUAAGAUAUACCGCACCCUUGUACAUUAUCAAACUGUAUCAAAUUUCUUUUUUUGUGUGAUAUGAUACUCUUGUGUACCCAGGAUUAUGCAAUGGAUCGAGAGUAUUCAGUCA